AUGGCUAGAACCAAGCAAACAGCAAGAAAAUCCACUGGUGGUAAGGCACCAAGAAAGCAAUUGGCCUCCAAGGCUGCCAGAAAGUCGGCCCCAUCUACCGGUGGUGUCAAGAAGCCUCACAGAUAUAAGCCAGGUACCGUUGCUCUAAGAGAAAUCAGAAGAUUCCAGAAAUCCACAGAACUUUUGAUCAGAAAGCUACCUUUUCAAAGGCUUGUGCGUGAAAUCGCCCAGGACUUCAAGACCGACCUGAGAUUCCAGUCGUCUGCCAUCGGGGCUCUUCAAGAAUCCGUCGAAGCCUACUUGGUUUCGCUUUUCGAAGACACCAACUUGGCUGCCAUCCACGCCAAGCGUGUUACCAUCCAGAAGAAGGACAUCAAGUUGGCCAGAAGAUUGAGAGGUGAAAGAUCCUAA